GUUGGUUUGUACAGAGCGCGCCUAGUUCAAGAAAACAAGACCAUAAAAGUGGGUAUGCAACCACUUCCAUUCUGCGGGGCCUCCUUAAUCUCACCACGGUAUCUCAUUACGGCGUCACAUUGUGUUAAGAAUUUGAGUCUGAUUGGAAACACGGAACCCAAACACAAGUGGCUCCGACCGGAACACUACUUAUCCUAUAGCAUUGUGGCAAAAUUAGGUGAUCAUAGCACUCUCCAUGAGGAAGAAUCCACGGAGGAAAUUUUGGUUCAAGAGGUGAUGCAUUUCCAUCAAGGGGUAUUCAUGUUGGUCAAUGACAUCAGUAUAGUAAAACUAUCCAGGCCGAUAACUUUCAAUAGAGCCAUCAAACCGGUUUGUAUUCCACCUUCAACAUACGAAUUGCCCGCCGGAGCGAAAUGUACGGCUGUUGGUUGGGGAUACACCGAUAAAAACAAGCCUUCAGGCUCGCCAGUACUGAGGGAGAAUGAGCUGCCUAUCAUGUCAUUGGAAGUAUGUCGUGGAUUCAGUCAACUGGUUGGUGAUGGCCACAUUUGCGCCGGUGGAGCCCAUAAUACUGGUGGUAAGGGCGACAGUGGUGGCGGAUUGUAUUGCAGAUUAUCGCCGGAUAAUGAUCAGUGGUACCUUUUUGGGGUAACCAGUAUUGGUUUACCAACACCCGGCCCAACCGUCUUCGCUUCAGUUCCACCUCUCUCUAAUUGGAUUCAUAAAAACGUCGAUGAAUGA